AUGGUCCUCGUCCGUGCUCUCCCCCGUGUUGCCGUCCAGCAGACCCGCGCCUUCGCCGCCGUCCGCGCUAAGCACACCCUUCCUCCUCUCCCCUACGCCUACGAUGCGCUCGAGCCCUCGAUCUCGAAGCAGAUCAUGACUCUCCACCAUGACAAGCACCACCAGGCCUACGUUACCGGCCUCAACGCUGCCGAGGAGAACCUCCAGAAGGCUCAGGCCCAGGACGACGUUCCCGCCCAGAUCAACCUCCAGCCUGCCCUCAAGUUCAACGGCGGUGGCCACAUUAUCAUCUUGCUUGCGCGGCGCCGUCAUGAGUCAUGGGAGCAUCACGACUUUGCCGAGUUGCCCCUGAUAAAACUCUUCUGGAAGAACCUCGCCCCCACCGGCUCGAAGGAGACCAGCCCCCCCACCUCUGGCGCCUUCGCCGACCAGAUCAAGAAGGACUUCGGCUCCGUCGACGAGCUCAUCAACCAGAUGAACGCCAAGACUGCCGCCAUCCAGGGCUCCGGCUGGGGCUGGCUCGGCUACGACCCCAAGGCCCAGCGUCUCCAGAUCAUCACCACUGCCAACCAGGACCCCCUCCUGACCCACGCCCCCAUCAUCGGCAUUGACAUCUGGGAGCACGCCUUCUACCUCGACUACCAGAACGUCAAGGCCGACUACCUCAAGAACAUCUGGAAGGUCAUCAACUGGGCCGAGGCCGAGAGCCGCUUCGGUGCCGCCUCGGCCUAA